AUGAAGGCCGUGGUGCCGCAUGUCACCCAGGCCAGCAUCACAGUUGGAGGAGAGCAGAUAGGCGCCAUCAGAUGGGUCAUCGGCAUGUUGCUGGGUAUUUCCCUGGAAGAUGCACAGAAGAAACUGGAGCACGUGGGCUGGAAGAUCUUAAACCUGCAUGUGUUUAAGGAUGAAAGUGGGAAGCACUGGUCGAAGAGCGUGAUGGACAAGCAGUACGAUGUGCUGUGCCAGUCCUUCCUGCAGCGCGUCCUCAAGGGCAACGAGCCCGACUUCCACCUGCCCAUGCCCGCAGGGCAGGCUGAGGCCUUUUACAAGGGCUUUCUGGAGCCGCUGUGCAAGGUGGCGAGGCCAGAGCUCAUCAAAAAUGGCAAGUUCAGUGCCUACCUGCAAGUCCACAUUCAGAAUGACGGGCCUGUGGCCGUAGAACCGGAAUCUCCGGCCCCUGGUGCUGUUGCCUCUGACUCAGAACACCUGUCGAAGCUUGAAAAGCAACAACAGAAGACAGAAAAAGCCAGAGCCAAAAGGCCUUCCGAAUCAAGCAAGAAGAGAAGUGCUCCCCACAAGGAAGACCACAAAGCCAGCAGCGGGGCCUAG